AGCCCGGGCUCGAAGGGGCGGGGAGGAAAGGACGACUUCGUUACGCUUGGAGAAGGGGGCGGGGCCUGCAACGUCGGACAGAACGAGGGGACGCAACGGAGGCAGGCCGGAGCCGCUGCCGUCGCCAUGACCCGCGGUAACCAGCGCGAGCUCGCCCGCCAGAAGAAUAUGAAAAAGCAGAGCGACUCGGUUAAGGGAAAGCGCCGAGAUGACGGGCUUUCUGCUGCCGCCCGCAAGCAGAGUGCCCCAUCAUCUCUACCCCUAGGGACUCGGAGAUCAUGCAGCAGAAGCAGAAAAAGGCAAACGAGAAGAAGGAGGAACCCAAGUAGCUUUGUGGCUUCGUGUCCAACCCUCUUGCCCUUCGCCUGUGUGCCUGGAGCCAGUCCCACCACGCUCGCGUUUUCUCCUGUAGUGCUCACAGGUCCCAGCACCGAUGGCAUUCCCUUUGCCCUGAGUCUGCAGCGGGUCCCUUUUGUGCUUCCUUCCCCUCAGGUAGCCUCUCUACCCCUGGGCCACUCCUGGGGGUGAGGGGGUUACCCCUUCCCAGUGUUUUUUAUUCCUGUGGGGCUCACCCCAAAGUAUUAAAAGUAGCUUUGUAAUUUC